GGAUUUCACAAGAGGAUGCAUUUUUAUCUUUAUAUUGAAUAUUCAUUGAAGUAUUGCACAAUCCACCUCCCCUCAUGUUGGUACAGCCCACUGAAUAUGCUAAUUGUAAUGAUCUUUGAGGCCUUCGAGCUGGUUUUUGGGUUUUUUUCCUGGCCAGUUGUCGUCAGAGUUUGGAGGAGCUCAGAUCAGUGGUGCGGUAGCAUAAAAUUUGUUCCCCAAUUGUGGGAAUUUGUUCCCCAAUCAGUGGCAAAAGCCGAGCUAAUCUACCAGUGAUAUCGGUAGCUGCAGAGUUCUAAAGUUGAUAAUUUAGUUACACCAAUCAGUCAGAAAAUUGUCAGAUCUUUCCAGUGCGGGAGUCAGGCUUUGAAGACAGCUCUCGUCUUAAAAACUGUAAAAAUACAUGGCAACCAUGAAAGCAGUGCGGUAUGAUGAGAACGGUGGUGCAGAGAAGUUGUACAUCACGGAGGUGAAGCAGCCUGAACCAGGGAAGGGACAGGUCUUGUUGAAGGUGUAUGCAUCGGCCGUUAAUCAUGUUGAUCCCAUGCAGGUGGCAGGAAAUUACACACCACCUGCACAUGUGGAUGCAAACCUUGGCAUGGAGGCUGCUGGAACAGUGGUCAAGCUGGGACCAGGGUGCUCCAAGUGGAAAAUAGGGGACCGUGUAGCAGCACUUCUUGGUGGUGGAGGGAAUGCAGAAUUUGUAGUGGCCCAUGAAGGUCACCUGAUGUCUGUGCCUGGUCACAUGACCAUGCUAGAGGCUGCUGGGAUACCCGAGGUCUGGCUGACUGUCUACAAGUUGCUCCACUUUGCUGGUCACGUGAAGGCAGGAGAUCGAGUCCUGAUCCAUGCCGGGGGCAGUGGCACGGGAACCGCAGCUAUUCAACUGGUCAGAUUAGCAGGUGCAGAAGCCAUAGUCACAGCCGGGACACAAGCUAAACUGGAUAUGGCUCAAGAGCUGGGUGCAGUGGCUGGCUUCAACUACAAGCAAGUCGACUUUGCCGACAAAGUCUUGGAAUACACACAAAACAAAGGAGUAGACAUGAUUCUUGACUGUAUUGGAUCCAGCUUUUGGGAACAAAACUUGCGGUCCAUCGCAGUGGAAGGCACUUGGGUCGUGUACGGAUUAAUGGGCGGUGCUUAUGUGAAUGGGCCUGCCCUUAGAGGGUUAAUGCGCAAGAGGCUGCAACUGGUAGGGACAAAUCUGCGACCGAGGAAUGACCAAUACAAAACAGAUUUGGUGCAGGCAUUCACCGAAAACGCCCUACUUCACUUUGGGAAGGAGUUAAAACCAAUCACAGACAGUGUGUUCCCAUUGGAGGAGAUUGCCAUCGCUCAUAGACGUAUCACGUCCCAGGAGAACAUUGGGAAAAUUGUACUCAGCGUAUGUGAGGAAAAGCAAAUAGCCGACUAAUUGGAUUAUUUUUACACACACAAAAAAAACACCUAAAAAAAGAAAGAAGCAAGGCUGUUUUGCUUUUAAACCUAACCAAGACUUUUUAAGCAAGCUUUUAUGUUAAUACUGUAGGUUUACCUUGAAAUUUUAUCUUCUAACGUAGUACCUGACUAAUAAUUAACCUCAUUUAACAAACAGACAUGUAUUCUAAGAAGACAAGUCAAAAAGAAAUGGGAAGGCCAAGUGGAAGAAACAAAUAUACAAGUCUUGUUUCUGUCUAUACUGUCUUAUCAAAUGGAGCUGAGGGUUUAUAGGAAGUUGAGGUUGCUGUAAGCAGGUUAGAUGAAUUUCAGGUUUUAUAUUUUGCUGAUAGAUUUUAGAUGACACAUGGGGUACUUUGAAAAAUAUUCAGAAUUUGUAAGAGGGUUAUUCAAUCACAGAAAUGCACUGAUUUUGUUUCUCCUAAAUCUACACUAAACUAAACUAGAGAAGACUUUUCGUUUUUGAAUUUUGGCGGUUGUGCUGUGUUUUGUACUGUCAAUUGCAUUGCAUGCUACUAAUAAAGGGACAGUGAACUUAUCAAACAAGUUUUGUCCAUUCUCAACAUUAUUUUAAGUAAAUCCUCGGUCAUAUGUUGUAAGCUAGUGACCACAGGGAGUUGAGUAUAAUAAUAUAACAUUUUAAACAAGGAAACUU